AUGGAUCGUCGACUCAAGGAGGCAGUUGUAAAGGGCGACGUUUUAGGCUUAUGCAGUUUAAUGGAAGAGGAUGAAAACAUCAUUAAACAAACAGUCCCAGGAUCGAUCAACACCGUACUUCACCUGGCUGCAAGAUUCGGACACGAGGAAUUGGCGUCCGAGAUCAUAAAAUCGUGUCCAGAGAUGGUUUCAUCGGAGAAUGGAGAGCUGGAAACACCAUUGCACGAAGCAUGCAGAGAAGGGCAUUUGGGGAUAAUCAAACUGUUGCUGGAAAGUGAUAAUUCGAUUGUUUAUAAACAGAAUUUGCACGAACAAAGCCCCUUUUUCGUAGCUUGUGAGAGGGGGAAGAUUAAUGCAGUGAAGCACCUGUUGAAUUUUCCUCAACUGUUUUUGCUGGAGGUGGAUAUGUUAACCAGUUCACUUCAUGCUGCAGCUUCAUCCGGGCAUACGGGUAAAUUUUUCAACAAUUAUUCUGUCGAAAAUCUUAAUCUUUAA